AUGUGCACAAGAAUUGACAAUCAUGUUCAACACCACUGGGGAAGAGGCUUCCGGAUGUCACUGGUGCUUGCACCGCCUAUUCAGGUGUACUGCGAUCGCUCAAAACUGAUGACAAUUCGCCAAAAAGAGUCGAUAAAUGUUGCCAUGCCAAUGGAUUGUCACUAA